AUUUCGAUAAAUUUAAUUUUCAUUAUGUUGAGGGGAGUGUUACGUAAAUCAGUGCCCAAGUGGCUGUUUGAACCGAAUGCUAACCAUCAUAACUACGUGUCCUCUGACAUCCUGGCUCAGAUAGAGAAGGAGUGCGACAGAUACUGCCCGGUACCCAGGAUUCCACCACAUAAGGUGACAGUUAUAGGUGGUGGCAGCGACGUGGGGCGUAUUGUGUCAUUGUUUCUCAAGCAGCAGAAGAUCAUCAAAGUACUGUCUCUCUACGACGAAGAGCCAGAGAACAAUGUCCUUGGCGUUGCUACUGACCUCGCUCACAUGGACACGAGCACUACUGUGGAGGCUUACCAGGGCAGAGUCUUUAUGAGACAAGCUCUUACCGACGCGGAUGUGGUGCUGAUAUGCGGUGGGCACUACCUGAUGCCGCCUUGCUGCUGCACUCUCGACCGGGACCUGUUCUUCCGGAACAUGCAGUUUGUGCGCACAGCGACUAUCGCGUGCGCGCAGUUCUGUCCGCAAGCCGUCAUUGCUUUACAGACACCGCCAGUUGACUGCAACUUUGCGCUAUGUGUUGAUACUCUCAAGGUAGCGUGUGUAUACGACAAGCGCAAAGUGCUGGGCGUGAACGCCAUCAACUCGAUGCGAGCCAACCAGUUGUUCUGCUCGCUGACCGAAAGCGACCCUGCUACAACCACGACCCCCGUGGUUGGAGGCACUGGCAGGUGUACCCGGGUGCCUGUCUUCUCUGCUGCGAAAGACUCCGCUAAUUUGAGCUUGUGCAAUUUUCCACAGACUCAAUUGGACUGCUCAACGCGUCUGGUCCGCGAGGCAGACGACAUCAUCUGUCGGGUGAAGUCCAACCACGAGCCGGGGCAUCUGUCUAUCGGGUUCUCCACUGCGAGAUUCGUGCUUAGCAUUAUGAAAGGUCUCUUCGAAAAGCCCACCUUCAUAGACAGCGCGCUGGUUGAGCAAAACGAACCAGAGCAAUGCUACAACAUGCGGAUCUGCGCCACCCCGGUCACCGUGGGCAAAGAAGGCAUCAUAGAGUAUGCGAUACCCAAGCUGAAUGAGACUGAAACUUUACUUUUGGAGGAUUCCAAGUGCGAUUUAGAAGAUAUGUUAAACCUGGGCAGUUGCUACGCAAUGGGCGACGAGUACUGUCUGCACCCCUGCAAGAUGUCUCCCUGCUGUUACUAUCCCCCUCCGUGCAAAGUGUGUAAACCAUGUGAAAUACCAAGUUGGUUGAACGGCACGUUGCUUCGAAAUGGCCCCGGAUCUCUCAAAGUUGGUUCCAUGAGGUUUAAACAUCUAUUCGAUAGUGCUGCGCUGCUACAUAGGUUCAGAAUCCAAGAUGGCCGCGCAACAUACCAAUGCCGCUUUCUGCGGUCCAACACAUUCAAACGCAACCGGGCCGCCAACCGCAUCGUUGUAACGGAGUUUGGUACACAAGCCGUACCAGACCCUUGCCAUACGAUAUUCGACAGAGUUGCGGCACUUUUCAAGCCAGGCGACUCUAUGUCCGACAAUGCUAUGAUCUCGCUCUACCCAUUUGGAGACCAGAUGUACGCUUUUACUGAAGGACCAGUGAUUCAUAGAAUAGAUAAAGAAACAUUGGACACUGUGGAGAGGAAGGAUCUGACGGACUGUGUCGCUCUUGUUAACCACACGUCACAUCCUCAUGUGAUGCCGAACGGUGAUGUGUAUAACGUGGGAAUGUCAAUAGUUAAGGGCAGCUUGCGGCAUGUGGUAGUCAAAUUCCCCUACACGGAAAAAGGAGACAUGUUCAAAGAAGCCCACAUAGUCGGUGGGGUGAAGUCUCGCUGGAUGAUGCACCCGGCUUAUAUGCAUACAUUUGGUAUAACGAAGAAUUACUUUGUGAUAGUCGAGCAACCUAUGUCCGUCUCGCUUUACAGCGUGGUGCGUAACCAACUGAGCAAUCAGCCGCUCGCGUCAAGUCUUAAAUGGUAUCCAGAGCACAAGACUCACGUGGUCCUCAUUAGUCGCCGUACCGGCAAAGAAGUGAAACGGUAUUAUACAGACACGCUGUUCUUCCUGCACAUCAUCAACUGUUUCGAGGAGGAUCGCAAUCUUAUAGUUGACAUCUGCGCGUAUAAGGAUGCCAAGGUCCUGGACGCUAUGUACAUACAUGCUAUAGAAUCCAUGCAAAGCAAUGCAGACUACGCAGGGUGGUUCCGCUCUAGGCCCAAGCGGUUAGAAAUAAGUCUGGACUCGCCACUUUUGACUUACGUAGAGCCUAAACUACUCGCAGAUUUGGGCUGCGAAACGCCAAGGAUACAUUACGCUCUUCAUAACGGUCGUCCGUAUAGAUAUUUCUACGCCAUAAGUUCGGAUGUAGAUGCUGAGCAUCCCGGUUUAAUCAUCAAAGUUGAUACCGUGACAGGAGAAACUAAAACUUGGUGGGAAACGGACUGUUAUCCCAGCGAACCUGUAUUCGUACCUGACCCCGAUGCCAAGGAAGAAGACGAAGGUGUGAUACUCUGCGCUUUGGUUUUCGGCAAAGAUGAAUGCUUAACCGGACUGCUGGUACUAGAUGCUGUGACACUGACAGAGUUGGGUCGGGCUACCUUCCAGACACCUUCGGCGGCGCCCAAGUGCUUGCACGGAUGGUUCCUGCCCAACUCCUUUUAAAUCAACAAUCAAUCUCAUCUCUAAAUAAAAGAAAAUUAUAUUUGACGACUUCCCUGGCGUAAC